GAAAGGAGAGAGACAAAAAUAGGAGAGGAGGACCCCCAACAAGUAAAUUCACGACAAGCAGGAAAAAAGCAUCAUCAUCCCACUAACUCCAAAGCUUUGAAAAGAAGAAACCAACGAGAUCCACCUCGAACACCUCUCCAUCCCAAUCUCUCCGACACCCUGAAUCCUAGGAAGAGAAAAAAGGAGAGAGAAAGAAGGGGAAAGUCUUUGCCUUAAAAAUCGUGCCUUUAUGCGCUCCGAUCUUCCCUCCCCUCCCCUCGUGCGGAAUCUGGUACUUGCGAGGGAUCGGCUCACUGUACGGGCGAUAUAGCGAACUGGGUUGGAGCCGAAUCGGCCUGGCGAUGAGGGAAGACGAUGGUGGUAAUUGGUUCACGAAAUGGCAAGUGGAGCUUCCCCCGCCUGAGGAGCUCACGCCCUUGACUCAGUCCCUGAUCACUCCUGAUCUCGCUCUCGCUUUCGACAUCGGGAGAGGCCCUUCCUCCAGCAAUAACUCGAUCUCCGUCGUCGGCGCCAAACAGCGCCACCUGCUGCCCUCGCCGCCGCCGCUGCCGCUGCCGCAGCACUGAGUUCCUCCAGUCGCGAUUCGAAGACUGGUGCCGGCGGCGCGCCAACCUGGCCCCGUGGAUUUUGCCGAUUCGGGCGAUCUGGGGUCUGGGGAGGGGGGGGGAGGCGGGGACGAGCCGGCCCGGACCCUCAAGCGGCCGCGGCUGGUGUGGACGCCCCAGCUGCACAAGCGGUUUGUGGACGCGGUGGCGCACCUUGGGAUCAAGAACGCCGUGCCCAAGACCAUAAUGCAGCUGAUGAGCGUUGACGGGUUGACCCGGGAGAAUGUAGCCAGUCACCUGCAGAAGUACCGCCUCUACCUCAGGCGGAUGCAGGGAUUAUCUGGCGGCGGAGGUGGCAGCAGCAGCGCAGAUGCCGCCACCGAGCGGUUGUUUGCAAGCGCGCCAGUGCCGCCCCAUUUCUUGCAUCCAGGCAGGCCGAGUUCGGACCAUUUCUUGGCACUGCAGCACCACCAGCAUCUAGCGGCAGAGGCUGCCGCGGCAGCAGCCAUUCCACAGUACCACAGGCAAGUGGGCCAUUUUGGGUUACCGCCAAAUGGACAGUUUGAGCAUCCUCUGUUGCAAAGCAGGCAGGGGCAGAUCGCGCAUAGCAUGGCGGCAGCAAUGUCAAUGCACAACCCUAUUCAGUCCUCUGUUGGAGAGUCGGAUUCGGUCAAGGGAAGUGGAGAGAGAAAGGUCCUCACUUUGUUUCCCACCGGAGAUGAUUGAGUUUUGGGGAAUUUGCUGGAGCUGGACUUUGAUGCUGGUAGAUUGGCACGAUAAGGCCAUCUAAAUGUUAGAGUCUGGCUGGGGUAGGUGGGCAUUGAGGAUUGCAAGCAAAUGUUGCCCGGGAUUUGUUCUACUUCAGGAUAGGAUGUUGCGCGCUGCUUGGUGAUUGGUAGAUCAUCAGAUUUCAACACAGUGAUUUAUCACUGCAGCCUUCCAUCAAUUGGUCUGGGUUCAACUGUUGAUGUAAAUUACUUGUGUCUGUUGUAAAUUCCGCAACUUUAAUAGAUUUUUUCAUUUCAUUAGAGUAUUUAUGUCACUGUAAUGUGCCGUGUGAUGUAGUUAGCUUUUCUUGAUCUCUCACUAGACAAUACAUAGUUUGUUGAUUUGCUCCCUCUGAGGAACAUCGCACUGCUCUUUGGCUUUUC